CUCCAAAAGGGUUAAUGUGUUUCAGUGGGAGAGGAGGAAGUCUUUCCCGUAACCUGAAGAAACUGAAACUAAAGCAGAGUUCACAGAAGCACCUGGCAGAAACGGACGAGCGAGCGCGUGUUUGGUUUUGCAGAUCUGACUACCAGACAAUCUCCAGAAAUGGCAACCUCAGUUUCCACUGCUGCUCAUGGGGUUCGAGUGGUGACCCACAUCAUCCCGCUGGAGACCCCUGAGCCACCAUGUCCCACUCAGAGCAAAGACAGCAAACAGAGCGAGAAUAAACCGAGCAAGCCCUCCAUGACCAGUACAUUCCUGAGGGGAGUACCUGUAGCUCUGGGAACUGUGCAGAUCUUUGUUGGGCUGGUGAUGGCGGCUCUGGGAACAAUUACUUGGGUCUCAGGUGUGCUUCGAGGGGAGGUUCCUUUGGGCCUUGGAAUAUCGUUCUUCAUCUGUGGAUCUGUUUCUUUAGCUGCAAACAAGGGUACCUCUCCUGGACUUAUUAAAAGCGCAUUGGCCCUGAACAUCAUUGGUGCAAUGUUGGCUUCAGCAGGUGUUUGCUACUUCGCUUAUGUUCUUGCCAUCCCACCCAACCUGGAUGGAUGUGGGCAGAGUCAAUACUAUAACUGCACGAAUAUCGCAUGGACAUUAACUAGUCUGAUUCUUGGAGUGAAGAUUACUCUGCUGGUUCUGUGUGUGCUCGAGUUGUGUGUGUGCACUUCUCUUGCUGUCUUUUCAGCCAUGGCCAUCCAUCAGGCUUCAGUGACCAAAACGGUGGAUGGCGUGCAGACGGCUGUGGCAGUGUGCUACAGUGGGCAUGAGCCUCUGCUGAACGGAGGAGGAGAGGAUGUGAACACUUUUGGUCAGCCUCCAGCCUACCAACCAUAAAUGAUUACAUAAGGAGGAAACACUCACUUCACUUUUUCUCUUUUCCUUUUUUCUGAAGAUCACAUAUAAAAACACAUAAAAGUACAUUAAAAAGUACAUAAAAGCACUAACACUAUGUUAUCUCUGUUCACUGAUUAUAUAAUAUACAUGAUUAAACCGUCAACAAAAUAUUUAAAGGACUAAGCUAUCAUCACGGCCUUGUAUAAUCGUUAUAUAUCCAAAAUGCCAGUUUUACAAAGGGAAAAUAUCUUAAUUUUCAAUAUAACUGAAUGAAAAAAUAUUUUAUUUUAAUCAUUUUGGCAUUCAUGUGAUUCAUAAAAACUAACAAAAAAAAUCUACAAUUUUCUUUGCAUAAUAGUGACAAUACAUAGCAGUAAUUCCCAAAGUCAGUCUUUGUAACCUGAUGCAUGACUUGCUUGACAGCUAGUUAAUGUGUUAAAUCAGGUGUGCUAAAUAAGUGAAAAUACCAAAAAUGGACUGUAAUUGGAACCCCUGAUAUACAGUCUUUAGACGUUUUGCUUUGCUACUUAUAUCUCAUAUAACAGUAGCAGGUUGUAAUCUGGUUUUCUGUGGUGUGGGGAAUUUUAUUAUGCUCUUCAUAGAUGUUUGUGUUAAAAAAAUAAACUCUACACUUUUUUCAUGA